ACACCUAUCUAUCCAAUACCUACCAAAACACAUAAUAUAAAGCCACAGGUCUCAUCAUUCUAUGUCUACCUAAAGCUCCUGCCGAGUAUACAUCUUAUCACGUCUGCUCACUUAUAAUACUUGUCUAGCAGUUGGAGUUUGCUGAAACUACGUUGGCCAUCGCCAAUACGUCAACUAGGCACUCAACACAACAACAUAGAUAUCAGCAUGAAUUCCUUUUUUACCACCCGUCGGGUGACUCCCUUUUCUUCCCCUUGGGGUGGGCUAGCAGUGUCAAGCUACUACGGGUUGUCUAAUACAGAUCCGACAUCGCCUCUACUGAAUCUCCCCGUGGAAUUGGUUACCCAGAUAGUCGGUUAUGUCCUUCUACCUGCCACUCCUCCUUAUCGUACUUUUCGUCAACACGACGAUGCACGAAGGGCAGUUUUAGAUCUGGAGCAUUUAUGUUUGACCUGUAGGAGUUUAAACAGGAUUAUACGUUCUUUGUUUCACAGGCAAAGGGGCCAGCACAGAUUCCAGAUGCAACUGAUACCAUAUGCCCGAACCAUAUUCGACAAUGCGGUGGAGGCCCAACGCGAGGUCACAUUCAGAAUCCUUCCUUCAACUUUGAACGGGUUAAUCGAAGAAAGAGAUUUGCAGAUGCUUGACGCCGCCGCUACAAGCGUCGGCUUCCUUUCACCACGCGACUAUCUCACUGGCCCCAUUGCCAAUAACCAUGCAAUCCCACAUGGUUAUGGCGUCGCGGACCACCCGCGAAGCAUCGAGAUUGCCUAUCUCGUGAUUUCCAGACUUCCAAACCUAAAGUCCAUUACUAUCUUUGCUAUUUUCCCAGCCAGAGCACCUGCGCUACGUCUCCCAUCCCUCGAAAAGAUUCGAAUAAUCGGGAUUCCCUAUCGAGACCUUAUUAGCUUCCAUGGCUACAUUACCUUAGCCACGGCGCCCAAGCUGGACACGAUCGAGGCUGUCAAUAUUUAUCGCUGCAACGCCGAACCCGCCUUAGAACAGGUACGCACCUUUAUACUCAACCAUUGCACCCUCUCGUCGCGGUCCAUGUACCGGCUCCUCGGGGGCUUUUCAGCACUCCUGAGAACUUUCGUCUACCGCUCGGCAAAGUACAAGAAGUAUCUACAGUUGGACAGUGAGCUGCCGCGUCGCUGCGAGUGCUCUCCAGGCGGCAUCGUAUUACGCCUGACAGAGUCUUCGCCAACCUGGUCCCUUCGUACUCUUGAGAUCGAGAUCCGAGACGUGGAACAGAUCCGAGACGUGGAACAGAUCCGAGACGUGGAACAGGUCCGUGAACACCUGUUAGAAUAUUACAGCCCAAAUCAGAGCUCUAAUUACUUCAUCAGGAGCCUGAAGGAACUGUGGGCCCUUCAAAACGUCUCCCUCACACAACAGACACUCUGGGGGGCUGGUUAUAAGUUCACGGAGGAGGAGGUGGCGGACUUUGACAGAAAGGGCGAAACCCGGCUCAUCAACCUGCUGCCGAUUGGCAUCGAGUCCUUCACGCUCAGCGACAUCACCACCGAGUUCCUCCCCUGCAUCAUCCGCCUCGUGGAGCACAUGAAGCGCGGCGAGAGGCACUCACGGAUGAAGCGGCUGACCCUGCACCCGAGCCCACAGCUCAUCCGGGAGUUCACGCACGCCCGCGCUCACCGCGACGACCCUGGGCUGGCAUAUAACACUAAGCGUACUUUGCCAUUCAAUCAUGGCCCGAUGUAUUGCAACGUGGAGAUGGAACUUCUGGAUAAGCGCGCGAAGAUACUGGGUAUUAAGGCACACGGCAUCAGGGUCCACUUUCCCCUGGAGUCGUUGCCGCUCUACACCCAGAAUAAGGAGUACAUACAGCGGCAAAAGGACCUCGAACAUUGGUGCCCCAAGUGCCACUUUCUAAAGGCUGGCUGUCCAAUAGUUGGGUCGUCGAGUCAAAUUUGACCGCGACUUUGGGGGAAGGGGAGUACUCUAUAUGGAUAAAUUGUAUGGUUAUUUGGAAGGUGGAGAGAUGAGAGUACUUAUUCGUAGCGAAUGCGGAAGUUUUGGUAAGAGUGUCACCCUCAACCCCUAUCUUUUUUUGCAAUUAUACUUGGUACCUACCGAUAUUUACGUCAAUACGAGCGAUAUACAGUUUCGGAAAGUUCACCCGUUUUAGUAUCGG